AUGAAACGCGAAAGUUUAAAACUGCGACAGUUACAUUCAAAUAAUUUGAGUGCUCCUACUCCAAGUGUGGAAAAAGAAAAGAAAGCAUUCCAAGAUGUCCUUCCAGAAUUUAUCGAUUCCGUGAUAACUACGACUAAGAUAAAGGAGCUGCCUGAGGUCGCAACAUGGAUGGAACAGAUGCACGCAUCAUUUCUUGUAUUAGAUGACAUCGCGGAUGGAGCGACAAUGCGGCACAAUAAGCAAUGUUGGCACUUGCAAAGAAAUGUCGGUUUGUACGCCGUCAACGACGCUUUGAUGAUGCAACAAGCUAUGAUGGACAUGUUAAAGACACACUUUGGGAAUUCGCCUAUCUAUAUUGACUUGAUUAAUUAUUUUAACGAGGCAAUGUAUCGAACCACGAUGGGCGAGCACUUGGAUCUAUGUUCAAACUAUAACAGGAACACAGAUAAUGUAGAAGUAUUCAGCCUGAACCGCCUCCACGACGCUGCCAUCAACAAGACAAGCAACUAUUCCUUCAAACUGCCAAUAUUUGCUGCACUUCUUCUUGUAAAAAAUGGAGGACAACUAGCCACUACAGAACUACAUGAGUUGUGUUCUGAAAUUGGAAGACUAAUGCAAAUUCAGGAUGAUUAUCUGGACGUAUACGGUGACGAGACGAUCACAGGUAAAACUGCAAGAGAUAUCCAAGAAGGAAAAGGCACCUGGUUGUCAGCAACAGCGCUGCAGCGCUGUGAUUCAGCUCAACUGGCGAUCUUCAAAGAAUACUUCGGCAGCAACAACUUGGAACAUGUGAAGCGCAUCAAGCAGCUUUAUGAUGAACUAAACCUGCGUCAUAUGUACGAACAAUAUGAACUGAAAAUGUAUGAAGAUCUGAUGCGUCGAAUAAAAGAGGUGCCCCAUGCAGGGGUUGAUCCCAUUCCUAUAAGAAUUUCUGAUAAGAAUGUGGAAGUUUUGAUCAUAAUGGCUAAAUUAGUCCGGUUCAACCGUUUAUUCUACAAUCAACUACGACCGUUACAUUCAAAUAAUUUGAGCGUUCCAAUUUUAAAUCUGGAAGCGGAAAAGAAAGCGUUCGAAAACGUCCUUCCAGAAUUUAUUGAUAACGUUAUAACUAGGCCUAAGAUAAAGGAGCUGCCUGAAGUCGCAACAUGGAUGAAGCAGUUGCACACAUCGCUAUUGGUAUUUGAUGAUGUCCUGGAUGGUGGGACGGUGCGACAUGGGAAGCCGAGCUGGCAUCUGCGACGCAGUAACAGCACACAUGCUUUUACCGACUCCAUGCUGAUACACCAUGCUAUGAUGGACGUUAUAGAAAUGCACUUCGGGAACUCGCCCUUUUAUAACAACUUGACUAAUUAUUUUCAUGAGGGUGCGUACCGAGCAGUAAUUGCUGAGCACAUGGACCUAUGUUCCGGCUACAACAAAGACAUGGACAAUAUAGAAAUAUUCACCAUGAACCACCUCCGUGAUAUUGCCAUCUACAAAUCAGCCUACUACUCGUUCAAAUUGCCAUUAUUUGCUGCACUUCUUCUGGUUAAGGAUGGAAAGAACCUUGCUACCCCAGAAUUACAUGACUUUUGCAUGGAAUUAGGAAUACUGAUGCAAGCCCAGGACGAUUACCUGGACGCCUUCGGCAACGAGACAAUCACAGGCAAAAAUGGCAGGGACAUCCAAGAAGGAAAAUGCACGUGGUUUUCCGUUACUGCGCUGCAGCACUGCAACUCAGCGCAACUUUCAAUCUUCAAAGAAUACUACGGCGGCAACGACGUGGAACAUGUAAAGCGAAUCAAGCAGCUUUAUGAUGAACUCAACCUGCGUCAUGUGUACGAACAAUAUGAGCUGAAAAUGUAUAAAGAUCUGUUGCACCGGAUAAGGGAUAUGCCCCUUGAAGGAGCGAGGACUCUUCUCACAGCAAUUUUAAAUUUCUGUUACAAAAGAAUGAAAUAA